AUGAAGCAGAUCGACGCUGUGACCGAGGCAAUGGAUGAUGAGUUUGAGUACCUUUGUUCCAUGAGCUCGGAGGUUUACGAUCUCUUGGCUGUGGCGUGCCCUGGCAUGAGCGGGUUCGAUCUGCGGUGCGACGUCUUGGGGGCUGCUCACGUGUUGCGAGCGUUCAUAUGGUUCAGAUCUUUACGAAAGUUGAACGAGUAUCCGCUCUGCUUGGCCAUGGGUGACGUCAGGGCCAAUGUCGGUGAGCUGCUGCAGGGCGAUGAGCCCGACGAGGACGUGGCGGCCAGAAUCUGGAGGCUCGGCCGGAAGAGGUUGGCACCCUUGCCGCGCAUCUGGUCCGCUCUGGAGUUGCUGAAGGAGACUAGCUUUUCGACUCGCAUCGUUGAGCAGAUGCACGCCCACGCAGCGGUGCAUGCUCGGUUCCACCCCGAAUACGAUCUGGAGACCGUGCGCGUCAGGGCUUUUUGCUCCCUCGUGAACGCGUUGAUGCCGAGCCCGACCGCAGACGAGAAAGCGUUCGACAAGGAGAGGGCUACGUUAGAACGGCUUCGAGCAAAGCGCCCUCGGAGGCUCAACGCGCGAUCGCUGUACAUCAAGGACUUGAUCGAGCUAUGCACGCAGUGGCGCGCGCAGGGCAAGAUCAAACGCCAUUGCCCCAACCUGCAGCAGGAUCUCCUGGCCAAAGGGGCCGCUAUGUUUCAGAACAUCAGUGCCGAGCGCCGCCGCGAGUACGACGCUGUCGUAGUGCGGGCGCAGGCGGAGGCAAUCCGCGCCACUUCCAACAGCAUCGAGGAGAGCCAGCGUCGUCUUGCAGAGCUCACCGAGCGCCAUGAGAAGGCCAUGGAGGCGCUCAGAGCCGAAGGGCCGCCCUUGACCCUGGUCUCUGCGAAGUUGUCCACAGAGCAGGCCGCCAGACUUGAGGGCGCGUUCGGGGACCAGCGGCAGCUUCGCGACGUCGACGUGCUCGCUCGGAGGGCCGCGGUGCAAGAGGCUAGCAUGCCCGGCGCUGCCUUCUUCCAGGCCUUGGGGGAGAUGCCCGUGGCGCCGCUGCCAGAGAGCAGCCGCCCUGAGCGCGCGUCCUUCCGGAAGACAGUAUUCAAGGUCACUGUCGGCACCGACGAGCUGUACUUGUUGUUCCUGUUCGCCAUGCAGAGUCCGGCCACGGUCGUGUUCGCUCGUCUCAACCACGCUGUGCGGCCGGCCUUGGUCGGCGUCUUCAAUAUGGAGGCGCUGGAUGCUGCUUCUGGGCAGUGGCCGAUCGAGUUCACCACCGACUUCGCCCAGUUCGCAAGCGCGGACGACCUCCCCGACGUGCCUGCCUCCGACGUCGCCGUGCUCACGGGCGCCCGCUACCUGGGGGGCGCCAAGGAGGCGAGCGAGGCGUGGCACGAGGACCUGAGCAAGGUCAAGCCGUACUUGAAACGCUUCUUGGAGCAGGCUCGCUCGGAGCCCAGCUCGGCGUCUGCACGGCCUGAAGGCGCGGACGACCACGACGACUUCGGCGUGGGGGCCCUCAGCGACGAGGAUUUGGAUGAACUCUUCGCUGCUCUCAGCGAAGCGAGACAGCUCAUCGUGGACACUGUGGAGGUGGACGAGGACUUCCACGUGAAUGUUUUGGGAGGCCUCUGGACGAUGGUGCAUCGUGGCGUCAGCCACGAUGCGUAUCAAGGGACAGUGAUCAGGCGUCAGAGCCAGGCGAGCAAGUUUGCUGUAUCUUACGGCUUCCAGGCGGCCCAGCGGUUUAAUGUGACACUAUACGGAGAAGAAGGCGCCCUCACCUUGGCUCAGGCAUGGGUGCGCAAAUCUCAGUUUUACUACAAUAUCUGGAAAGCACAGCCACUGCACGACUACAUCUUCUCGGCGGCAGAGUUGCGUGCUUGGGAGCCACCUCCCGCACUGGUGGCCUUGAUUGAGCGCCUGCCGCCGGGCCGGCUACGCUAUGGGAGAGAGCUGAUGGAGUUUUUCAAGCGCUUGGACGUCCCGGCGCAUUUCCCGGAGCAGACCGCCCUCAUGUUGGACCUCUUCGACCAGGUCUUGGAGGCCCUCUACGCCAGCGCCCUCGGCGAGCACGCGAAGCCCAGCAAGUUCUUGGAGUCGCACUCGGACAUCGCCUACCUCGUAUUGCCGCGGGAGUCCGUGGAGCGCCUCCUCCAGGCGUCGACGUGGACGGAGGUCCACGGCGACUUGGCCCAGGCCGUGGAGCGGAAGAUCGGCAUGAGCCUGUUCGGCUCUGGCCUGCGUUCGGUGCAGAACGAGGUCGUGGAGAGGACAUUGGAGGAGUCGGCGGACGCGCUUUUCAACAGCAAGGACAAGGUGACCCCGGCGUCGCUGCUCAAGGCCAAGCAGGCCGCGUACACCUUGCUCACCGGCAAAGACGUGCUGAAGAAGCUGGAGGACAAGAGGGUUGUUCAGAUCACGUACCUGUUCCAGAAGUUGUCGAUCCCCGUGAAAACUCUGAACGACCACAUCGACCACGUCUUCGCGGCACGCUGGAAGAGCAACGCGGUCCGCGCGAAGAUCGUCCCUGCCCUAUUCGGCGAGAUGGGCUUGAGCGGGGCCGCCCCGCUCGCUGACUACGCCGACCGCCUCGAUAGCAAGCUGUACAAGGAUAACAAAGUCGUGCGGGAGAGCAUGGAGACCAGCUUCUCGGAGGACCUCACCCGGUCGGGCCCGGCGAUCGUCCAGCACCUGCAAAAGUACCUGAAGAAGGCUCUGGGCAGCGACCCGACCUGGCGCAUCGAGGUUGCGUUCUUCGAGGCCAUGGUUGGCGCCAAGGGCUUGGAGAAGCUGAAGGGGGACGUGAUGUCGUUUCUGCCGACGCAGGAGAAGCAC